AGACCUGACAAGCACAGGAGGAGGGGAGAGAAAGGCCAGAGGAGCAGGUGCUAUGGAUCUGCAGUGUGUCCUGUGCUGGAGAGUCGCCCUGCUGCUUCUCUUGAUGCCAUGCGGGCGCCGGUGUGUGUCGGUGCACAUUCUCAACGAGGAGCCGCUGCACGUCAUCCCCGGCUCGGGUCUGGUUCUGAAAGCCAGCAUCCAGCCGGGGCCCCUGGAAAAGGUCUCGUUGGUAACCUGGGAACGGGAGGCCGAAACCGGAGCCGCUCCCACGACAGAGACGCUGGCCACAUGCCCUGGCGUUGGCUCCAAGUGCUCUGAUACGAAGCCAAAUGUCCAUGUGGACGUGGAGCAGCAGGGCACGACACUUCAGAUUAAUGGAUACAGCAGAGCGGACAGCGGCGUGUACGCGGUGACUGUGACGGAUCACAUGGGAGCCAAGACCACCGCUCACUGCAUCGUCAGGGAAUAUGAGCCCGUGCACCACGUCUCUGUCAGCAUCAACGUGACUCACUCCUCGCUGGUGUGCGGCGAGGCCUGGGGGACGGACCCGCACUUCAGCUGGCUCCACGAGCGAGUCGCCAUCAGCACGACUGUCGGAAAAGUCUCCGGAGACGGGUCGAGGUUGUCGGUGACCAUGAGCCCCAUUUGUGGCCACUUCACGUGUAUGGUUAGCAACAAGUUGGGCUACAGUUCGGCCACCUACACUGCAGCACCGUGCGAGACGGAAGGCAGAGGGAUGACGGCGGCUGUCGUGUGCCUCGUUCUCCUGCUGCUGUUCGGAGGAGCGCUGGCACUUCUGCUGUGGCGGCGACGCCGGCACAACAGCAGAGGGGAUGGCCUGCACGAGCGUUUGGAGGAAACCAUCUGAGAGGAAGAAAGACCCACAGCCUCACUUCCUGUCCUGGGAGCGGUAUGACCUCACACUGCGGUGGAACAAUGUGAAGAGUGAACCGCUCGCUGGGAGAUAAAGACACUAAAUAAAUAUCUGAAACUGGACUUUCAGCUCGACGGGCCAGCAGCGUCGCUACACUUCCUCCUGCUGGGCUGUAUCUGACACUGUAUUCUCAUAGUGAAAGCACUGAUCAUUUUUGUAUCGUCUAUCCUUUGUAUUUAACAUGUACUGUAUUGCCUUUAUAAUAAAACCUCUUUUCAAUA